GGUCCACUUGGAAUGACAAGUAACAGAAGUAUCGAAAUCGUCCAAAAGUCGACAUCCUGUGAAAACCUCCACGCUAUCGCACCAGGAACAAUGGGAAAAGGUUCUGUUGGCUCACCGGAGAGUCGACUUGAAAAACUUGAAGGAGUUCCGGACGAUACCCGUGUUUUCAAGGGGGAACUGGAGGGAAAUCUUCCCCCUGAAACGUUGUCAAGGCCACCACGACAGCUAAAUCUUCGAGGAGGCGGGCAAAUCUUUGUAAAAACAUUGACUGGAAAGACGAUCAGUUUGGAAGUGGAACCGUCAGACACCAUUGAGAAUGUGAAAACAAAAAUUCAAGACAAAGAAGGAAUUCCACCGGAGCAGCAAGGUCUUAUAUUUGACGGGAAGCAAUUGGAUAAUGGCCGUUAUCUGAGUGACUACAAUAUUCAGAAAGAAUCAAUACUUCACUUGGUUUUAAGACUGCGUGGUGGCAUGCAAAUAUUUAUAAAAACAUUGACUGGAAAGACGAUCACUUUGGAAGUGGAGCCUUCAGAUACGAUAAAGAAGGUGAAACGGAAAAUUCAGGACAUAGAGGGUAUCCCACCAAGCAAGCAACAUCUGAUCUUUCAUGGGCAGCGAUUGGAAGAUGGCCGUUGUCUUAGUGACUACAAUGUUCCGAAAGAAGCGACUCUUCACUUGGUUUUAAGACUGCGUUGUGGCAUACAAAUCUUUAUAAAAACAUUGACUGGAAAGACGAUCACUUUGGAAGUGUACCCUUCAGAUACGAUAAAGAAGGUGAAACUGAAAAUUCAUAACAAAGAGGGUAUCCCACCAAGCCAGCAACAUCUGAUCUUUAAGAGGCAAGAACUCAAAGACCACCAAACGUUACAUGAAUACAAAGUCACAAACAAAUCUUCGGUACAUUUGCGACUCGAGGACGAACUUGAUAGAAUACUUAUCAAUGUGGAGUUUUCAACUGGAAGGAAGAUUUUAAUAAAUGUUUCACCAAAGGAUGAUCUUGAGAGCGUGAGAAAAAUGAUCUCUGAUAGAGAAGGGAUUCCAGUUGAUCAACAACGCCUCAGUUUUGCUGGCAAAGAAGUUGUAGACGACCACCUUCCUCUAAGUGAGUACCACAAUGAGAUUGAAUUAUCUUUGCAACUGGAUGUGAAACAACAAAAAAAUGAAUUCCUUCUUCAUGUGAAGACACCAACCGGAAAAACAAAGAUCAAAGUUGAAGCUGUAUCGGGAGAUACCAUCCACGAUGUGAAAAGGAAAAUAAUGGAAGAGAUUGGAAUACCGCCACAUCAGCAACUACUUAUGUUUAACAGUCAGGAAAUUGAAGAUGAGCGCCGCACGCUGGAAAGCUACGACAUCAACAGCGACUCCAUCA